AUGUUAAUCAAUAAAAUAUCAAUGCUAACAAAACUAUCACUGUAUUCGUCUUGGGAUCAAAGUGGUAUCACAGUCGCUAAUGAUGUAGUUGAACUGCCAGGAUCAUCGCAUGCUAAACUUCUCCAGCCCGUGGAGAUAUCAGUUACAGACAACGACGUUCUUUAUAUUAGUAAUGCAGGAAUCCAUCGGAUUGUUGUUGUUCAUCUUAACUCAAUCACAAAUAAUUAUUUUAUUGAUUUUGGGCAAGGAAACAGUUCCGGUGAAUUCAAUCAAUCAUACAGUGUUUUCAUCUUUAAUACUUCGCUCUAUGUUCUUGAACAUUUGGGUAAACGAGUACAAAAAAUGUCUCUUAACGGUUCAAAUCCAGUUGUAGUACUUAAUGUAAAAGACUUAAGUAGGCCAUUGUGUUUGUUUAUCAAUGGCAACGAUAAUAUAUAUGUGAGCGAUAGAGAUGCUCACAAGGUGUUACUUUUUCGAACAAAUGCAACAAAUGGUUUAGUUGUUGCUGGUAAUGGAUCCGAUGGAUCCACCGAUACACAACUAAAUCAACCGUACGGAAUCUUUGUAAACGAGAUUGAAACCAUAUACGUUGCAGACAGUUUGAAUCACCGAAUUAUGAAGUGGCCAUCUGGAGCAUCAUCUGGUAUCCGUGUAGCUGGUGACGGAAAAACUGGCAAUGAAUUAACGCACGUUAAUACACCAACGAAUAUUAUUGUUGAUAAAGAUGGAUACAUGUAUAUUAGGGAAGAAGGUAGUUACUCUCGAAUAACAAGAUGGGCUCUCGGCUCACACGUUGGUAUAUGUAUUGCUGCCUGCACUGGUGGCGCUGGAAAUACGGCAAAUCAAGUAUAUUCUCCUCAUUCACUAGCGUUCGAUAGUCAAGGUUCGCUUUAUGUUAGCGAUUUCGGUAAUCAUCGAGUACAAAAAUUUGAACUUCUAAACUAUCCUAUUUCAUAUAAUCAACCAAAACUUUGCGCAAAAGUAACAUGGAGUCAUUAUGGAAUUGUGUUUGCUAAUGCGACUAUGGUUGGUCAGACGCAUCGCGGACUGUUUAUUGAUUCAAAUGAUACAAUUUAUGCAUCUCAUUCUUCUAAUAAUCAAAUUCUGAUCUGGUCUGGAAAUAAUAACAAUCCAGAACGGAAACUAAAUACUAGUUUAUUCCAGUACUCGAAUUUAUUUGUAACAUUAAAUGGUGAUAUUUACUUUCAAAGACGGGAUAAAACAUAUCAAAUAGCGAAGAUCACAACAAAUUCAACAAUUAGUCUAUCUAAAACAAAAUUUUCAGGGAAUUGUUUUGGUCUUUUUAUCGAUAUUCGAAAUCAUCUUUACUGUUCUCUCGGAAGCGAAAAUCGAGUAGUGAAGAUACCGUUAGAUGGGAAUAAUCACACAGUAAUCACAAUUGCAGGAAAUAAGUCAACAGGAUCACAAUCAAACCAGUUGAGUGAUUCCCGGGGAAUAUUUGUUGAUAUUCAUUUUAAUUUAUAUGUGGCUGAUAAAGAUAACGAUAGAAUUCAGUUUUUUCGACAAGGAGAAUUGGAAGGUACGAUCGUGGCUGGAAAAAACAUCCCAAGUGGUUUAAAUUUACAUGCUCCCAGCGAUGUGAUCCUUGACGGUGAUGGUUUUCUAUACAUUGCAGACACACACAAUCAUCGAAUAAUCCAAGUUAGAAACGAUAAUACUUAUUGGUGUAUCAUUGGUUGCCAGGAACCGUCGAGAUCGCUAUUAGAAAGGCUAUAUUCUCUUCGUUUUGAUAGCAGAGGUAAUUUAUAUGUUGCUCACGAGCAUAAUCAUCGUAUUAAAAAAUUUAAUAUUUCCAACAGUUCAUGUGUAUUUUCAAUGACUUCUGAACAUAUAACAACAAUAACUACAGAUUUACCAGAGACUUCGCAAUCUGCUAACGAACACGGCGGCUCAACAAUAAUCUUCAACCGACCAUUAACAACGGGAAACUUAGUUGCACAUUCCAACACUGCACCAUCAUUAUUUUUCGUAGCACGUUUAUGUGAAGAUUCCCCGAAUAUCGGUCCAGAUUGCAUGACACCGGGUACUAUUUGUGAAAUACAGAGACCAUGUUUAAAUGAUGGAAAUUGUACUAAUCUUAACAACAAUCAAGAUUAUAACUGUUCAUGCUCAUCGAAUUUUACUGGAAAACAUUGUGAAACCGAUCAGCGGAUUUGUAAAGAAACCACUUGUUUAAAUAACGGUAAUUGUAGUAUAACAUCAGAUUUGAAUUACAAUUGCACAUGCACAUUUGGUUACGAAGGAAUGCGAUGUGAAAGCAGAACUAAUUUUUGUUCGAACAUUACAUGCUAUAAUAAAGGUGUUUGUCGCUCAUUAUCGGAUGGUGGAUAUCUAUGCCAAUGUCUUAGUGGUACUUUUGGUAAACAUUGUGAAAAUAUUGAAACAAGAAUUCAAGUUUAUCAAGCUGUAUCCAGAUCUAUCGGAUACAUUGGAAUCUUAGCACUGAUAUGCGUAGCAUUAUUCGUAAUUAUAAUGGAUAUCCUUAAAUAUUGCUUUGGAAUUAAUCCAACACGUCGAGAACAGGAACGACUUCGACGGGAACGUCGAAAUCGAAGACGAAAGCCAGUGAUUCAGCGGUUUGUAUAUGUGAAUGCAUCGUCUUCACCCAGACAACGAACACUUUCACCAAUAAUUGAAGAGACAUCAGUUUAA